CCUCGAUCAAUAACGCGGCCUCUGUAGGGCAUGGGGGCGGUUGAAACCGUCAUUUGUUCCGUAGCUACCUUCGUUUUUCACUUUAUGAUGGAAAAUGAGGCCGAUUUUUCGUAUUUCGCGUCGGUUUAACUUUGGUGGUUCGGUGGUUUUCAAGUGGAGUAUAUGAGUUGAUUUUUAUAUAGUUCUCCACGAUGCCAUUGACAGACAUCAUUCGGAGAGCAUCCUGGUAUAUUCUUCGUCCUGAAGAGGAUCAGAAGGAUAUACAGUAUGAGGAUAACGAGGUGCUUUUCUGCAAGAAUAAUAUAUGCGUCCAUCCACCAGCCACAGCAAGGCAGGACACUGAUAUCCUGCAUAAUAGAGGCUACCUCACUAUCACAACCAAGGUGUUUGUAGACCAGUACAAUGACACCAAAAGGCCGACUUUAUUUCUCUCAUGGAUUCCAAAUGCAUCUUUGACAAAACACACGACUUCAUUGAGCAACUCUUUGCAGUUACAGCACAGUAUCAAGAGGUGUAGUUUGGAAAGCCUGAAUUCGAAUGAGUCCAUGGAAUUUGAAAGACCUGUGGAGCUGAAGAACACAAAUCCCUUCCUGAACUACGAUGACCGAGAUCGCUGCGACAUGUCCGAGUCUCUGAGCUCAGACGAGAGCGAGAAACAGGGAAUAAGCAUCAACGUUGAUAUAUCCAAUCCUGAGAUCGAGAUCGUACAGACCCCAGACAGUGUCAAGGAUGUCAGAGAGAUGUUCGAAUUUUCAAGGUCUGAAUCAGUGACUUCAACAGAUAGCCAAUUGAACUGGAUGACGACUCCGGAGUUUUUAAUGCAGAAACACAACUUGAAUUUUCCAGACAGUGCCAGCAGUUCACCUAUUUUGCCCAGCAAGCAUCCACACAAAUGCAGGAGGUUUAGCGUAGAUUUAAGCCAAAUGAGGUCCCUCAGGCUGUUUUUUAGUGACAAUAGUUGUACCUGCGGCCAACUGGUAGUCGCCUCUAGGGAAUCACAGUACAAAAUCCUACAUUUUCACCACGGUGGACUAGAUCACUUAGCUCAAGUGCUGCACCAGUGGCACUCUUUACUCCACAGUAUCAAGGAUGCAAAAGGAUAUGAAGAAAACUUGCCGUACCGUCACUUCAUGGUGUGCCGACCCGAAGUUUCAGUGUUAGAACUUCAUCCCGAAGAGGGGCAAGUGCCUAAGUUGACCGAGGAGGUAUUCAGGAGUUUGUUUAAUGAACAAGGGCAAUUGGAAGACGAUUUAAUUAUCCGUAAAUACGUAUUCUUCUCUGGAAUGGAUAGGAACAUCAGGAGAGAAGUAUGGCCUUUCUUAUUGCAUGUAUAUCCGUACCAAAGUACCUUCGAGGAGAGAGUGCAGAUUGCAGAAAUUAGAAGACAGGAAUAUGAAGAAAUAAGUAGGCGGCGACUGGACUUGAACGAAAACCAAGUUAAUCAUUUUAAGCGAAAAAUUCAAAGCGUAGUGGAAAAGGAUGUAGUACGGACUGACAGGGGCAAUCCAUUUUUUGCUGGUGAUAACAAUCCUAACCUUACAAUAAUGAAGAAUAUUUUGUUGAACUAUGCUGUUUAUAACUCUGGAUUGGGAUACACUCAAGGUAUGAGCGACUUAUUAGCACCCGUUUUAUUCGAGCUGAAAGAUGAAGUGGCAGCAUUUUGGUGCUUCGUAGGCUUGAUGCAAAGAGCUGUUUCGUCGCGACACCAACUGAUAGAGAUAUGGACAGGUGCUUGAGAUAUUUAAGAGAACUCAUCAGGGUGAUGCUACCGAGAUUCUAUGAUCAUUUAGAAAACAUAAAGACGC